AUGGCACUUCCCCGCAGAGCAGGCGUAAGUCUUGCUGCUUUCAUCUCCGCGCCAUUAUAUAGGAGAAGCGCGACCCGGUUCCUCGCCAUCCGCAAUGCAUCCUCCGCGCCGCCAUCGCCGCCGCCCGCGACAGCAGCAGCAAACACCGCACAAGUAGCWCACGAUCUCUCACCUUCUGACGAAUCACAACCCCUCCGCUCACUCACAGAUGGUCUGGAAGACCCACCGCCGGUCCUCGACGAGCAUGAAAAGCAGGUGGAUUGGACGAGGAGCUACCACGGACUUUCCGCAAGUCCAUUUACUGCAGAGCAAGCACAAAUUCUGCAGGCUCCUCUUGACUAUGACGAUAUUGAGAUCAAGCCUGAUGGAAUCGUAUAUCUACCUGAGAUCAAAUACAGACGUGUCUUGAACCGCGCUUUUGGUCCUGGAGGAUGGGGAUUGGCGCCGAGAGGGGAAACCAUCGUCACCGCAAAGGUAGUGACGAGGGAAUAUGGCUUGGUUUGCGGUGGACGACUGGUUUCGAUUGCCCGCGGCGAACAACAAUAUUUCGACCCAGACGGCAUUCCAACAGCAACAGAAGGCUGCAAAUCCAAUGCUCUGAUGCGCUGCUGUAAGGAUCUUGGCAUUGCCAGUGAACUCUGGGAUCCACGCUUCCUCAAGAAGUUCUUGGCUGCAAGUGGGAAGGAAACGUUCGUUGAACAUCAAGUCACGAAGAAGAGGAGAAAGCAUUGGAUGCGAAAGGAUGAUGAAGUGAAAUAUCCGUUCAAGGAUGUUGGCAUGCAGGGUAGCAAUGGUAGCAGUGGCACUGCACAGGUCGCCUCCAAGGCGAAUGCUGCUAAGAGCGGAGGUACUGGCAUUCCGGCGAAGGCGAACAGUGCGGCGGUGUUUGCUGCAGCAAAAGCAAAGGCUGCUGCUACGGCUGCCGCGAAGGAGUGA